CUCUAUUGGUCCUCUGGUUGUGACUCCCCUUCUCACCUCCUGUACACAAAACCUGGCCCCGCCUGCCGUGUCUAGAAACCCAGCCUGCUGGCUCCCACGUGAAGUUCCUCUAGCGGCCUGUCUAACACAGGGAGUCAUGGCGGAGUUAGCUCUCUUCAGUGUUUCUGAUAAAUCUGGGCUUGUUGAGUUUGCACAGCGCUUGAGUGCCAUUGGUCUGUCACUGGUCGCCUCCGGUGGUACUGCAAAAUGCCUGCGUGAUUCAGGACUUACUGUCAGAGAUGUAUCUGAGCUUACAGGAUUCCCUGAGAUGUUGGGUGGGCGUGUGAAGACUCUGCACCCAGCAGUUCAUGCAGGGAUCCUUGCGAGAAGCAGCACUGAAGACCAGGCUGACCUCACCAGGCUGGGUUUCAGCCAUGUAAGGGUUGUAGUUUGCAAUCUAUACCCAUUUGUGAAGACUGUGUCUGCACCUGGUGUCACAUUGGAGGAAGCUGUAGAACAGAUUGAUAUUGGUGGUGUCACUCUGUUGCGUGCAGCUGCCAAGAACCAUUCUCGCGUCACGGUUCUGUGUGACCCCAGUGACUACGAUAGUGUGGCUGGUGAAAUGGAGAAAUCUGAAAACAAAGACACAACUCUUGAGAAUCGCUGCCAGCUGGCUCUGAAGGCUUUUACUCAUACAGCUCAAUAUGACGAUGCCAUCUCUGAUUACUUCCGAAAGCAAUAUGGUAAAGGGUUGUCUCAGCUCCCUCUCCGUUAUGGGAUAAACCCCCAUCAAGUCCCUGCUCAGGUCUACACCCGAGAGUCACAUUUACCGUUUACAGUGUUGAAUGGAUCCCCUGGUUUCAUUAACCUCUGCGAUGCACUAAAUGCCUGGCAACUGGUGAAGGAAUUGAAAAAUGCCCUGGGGCUACCUGCAGCAACGUCUUUUAAGCAUGUUAGUCCUGCAGGUGCUGCUGUUGGAGUUACCUUGACAGAGGAGGAGGCUCAAGUCUGCAUGGUGCAGGACCUCUACGCAUCGCUUACCCCUUUGGCAACAGCAUAUGCCAGAGCUAGAGGUGCUGACAGGAUGUCCUCUUUUGGUGAUUUUAUUGCGCUUUCGGAUGUGUGUGAUGUCAUUACAGCGAAAAUAAUCUCCCGAGAGGUCUCAGACGGUAUUGUGGCUCCUGGCUAUGAUGAGGAAGCUCUCAAAAUUUUGUCCAAAAAAAAGAAUGGGAGUUACUGUGUCCUUCAGAUGGACCCUGCGUUUGAACCGGUUGGGCCAGAAGUCCGUAGCAUCUUUGGCUUACAGCUGGAGCAGAAGAGGAAUGAUGCAGUUAUCGAUAAGUCUUUGUUUAAUAACGUGGUGACCUCCAGAAAAGAGGUCCCAGAAUCCGCAAUUAGAGAUCUGAUUGUAGCUACAAUUGCGCUGAAGUACACCCAAUCUAAUUCUGUCUGUUAUGCAAAGGAUGGCCAGGUGAUAGGCAUGGGCGCAGGGCAGCAGUCCCGUAUACACUGCACAAGGUUAGCUGGGGACAAAGCUGAUAACUGGUGGUUGCGACAUCACCCACGUGUCCUAAGCAUGAAGUUCAAGACUGGAGUGAAGAGGGCAGAGAUCUCGAAUGCAAUUGAUCAGUAUGUGAGCGGAACCCUGGAGCAGGAGGAGCUGGUGCAGUGGCAGGCUCUGUUUGAGCAUCCACCAGAACUGCUGACUGGAGAUGAGAAAAAGCAAUGGAUCUCUACAUUAAAUGGGGUCUGCCUCAGUUCAGACGCCUUCUUCCCAUUCAGAGAUAAUGUGGAACGAGCAAAAAAGAGUGGGGUUCAAUUCAUCGCUUCGCCAGCAGGUUCUGCAGCUGACAAGAUCGUAAUUGAUGCUUGUGACGAGUUGGGCAUUGUUCUAGCACACACAAAUCUCCGUCUGUUCCACCACUAACCUUUUGAAAUGUUUGGGGUUUUUUUGUCCAGUACUUGCUAAUGAAAAUCCUUUGUACAGUUGCAAUU